AUGUGCAGAGUUACUUCCUACGGCUACUCUUGCGGACACACCCGCAUGGUCACGGACUCGUCCGCGUGCUCCGUCCCAGGCGGCCGCAACUGUGUCAUCGUCAACAUGGGCGUCAGGCAGCUGAACUACCCAUGCAACUCUUGCAACCUGCCGCGAGCCGGUGGCGGCAGCAGCAGCAAGUCCGGUGGUGGCAAGUCGGGUGGCAAGAAGUCGAGCAAGCGAUAA